AUGGAUUUCCAGGACGACGCGGCGGAGUUUUCGUCUGAGGAUGUGGAAACUAUCGUCAAGAACGCCAUCACUGGUUGCUUGACCGACGUCAUGUACAACCCAAAGAAGGUGACGGACUGGACCAACACCAUCGUCGACAACUGUCUCAAGGAGCUACAGCCUCUCAACAAGCCCUACAAGUACAUCAUCACGUGUAUAAUCAUGCAAAAAAACGGGGCCGGGGUAAACACAUGCGCAUCCAUGGUGUGGGAUACCACGAAAGACAAUUUUUGCCAGGUACCGUGGGAGAAUCAAAACAUGCAUUGCAUUGUGACCGUGUACGGCUGCGCGGUGCACAUCGACAACGCGAACGAGCUGGAAUCAUGA